CCUCCUCCCUGUUUCCUUCUGCUGCCCGCCGCAAGGAGGAUGUUGCAUCCGCAGGCCUGCGUGCAUCAACCGGCAGCAGAAAUGUCGUGAAUGCAAAUAAAAAAUGUUUGAGAUUUCUGGAUGAUCGAUCCACAGCUUAUGGUAUCUGGAGGACUCAUCUCCAUCGCGCAGCCCGAUGUAGUGACUGUUAUUGUUGUAGGGUAGCUAUUGUUUUGCCUGCGCGUGGGGUGGAGGAGAAAUUAUUGGUAAACAGUAAACAGAGUGGAGGUAGGUGCAAUUCAGACUUUACAGGUUUAGUAUGCAUGCAUGUGUAAGAAUCAGAAUGUGUAAGUGCAUGUACAUAUUCGGAAUGAGCUCAGCUGUAAAUCCCAGGUGCAGUAUUUCCUCUGGAGAUGUUUUUAAAUCAGACGUUUCCACUGUUUCAGUCUAAGAUGCUACAAGGCUCAAACAUCUUUGGCCACGAGAGGCCCCUGGUCAUCAGGGUGUCAUUCGCCACCUGUGUUCUGGCCACCGUGUGCCUCCCACUGCUUGGACUGAUAACAUGUGUCCUCAUAUCCUCUGUUUUUCAUUUUGAGGAUGCUACUGGAACUCACUGCCAGGUUCCCAAUUACCUGCCUUCCAUUAGUGCCUCUAUAAGCCUCAGCCCAGAGUGCCACAUAUGGCGGUUCUGCAUCGGACUGCACUCCGCACCGAGGCUCCUGGUGGCGUUCACCUACUUUAAGUUUUAUAAGACACGUUUUGCCGCGAGGUUCCCUGAGAGUUCGCUCAGCUGCUUGAACUUGGCCUUUUCCAUUUCUGAAAACCUCGGCCUCCUGCUCCUCACAUACGUGUCAUCCAGUGAGACGUACUUUGUACAUAAAGAAGGUUUUGUCCUGUUCAUUGUCAGUUCCCUAAUCUACAUGUUGAUCACCUGCCGUUUAUGGAAGGCUAUUAAGAAAUAUUCAUUAAGUCCUGAGGAUGCCAAGUCUCACCAUUGGAAAGUGCGUUUCUUACUUCUCAACGUGUGCUUCUGUGCUUUUGCUGGAUUCUUUUACUGGAAACACAACAUGUACUGUGAAUCAGGGAGUUAUACAUUUUUUGCUCUGUUUGAGUAUCUCGUGGUUUUCUCCAAUAUGGCCUUCCAUCUCACAGCUGUGUGGGACUUUAAGAGCCGGGAGGUCAUGGUGAUUUCAUCCUCUGAAGAUAAAGACUUCUGACUAGAAACUCAAGGACUGCAAACCGAAUGUACAGGCAUUAAACCACCUGAUGAGAACAGCCUUGAUCCUGCACAAGAGGAAGAGUGGGAUGAAGGCCUUUUCCAUAUAUUUCCAUGAUGACGCCUUUAAAGUCCUUCGAGUGUGUAGAUGUCAGAUGAUUGUGAACAGAGGAUGCACUUGUGUUGCUGUAGGGUUAUUCGGUUAGCUGUAAGUGCAUUUUCGUGCCUCGGUGUCUCAUUCAUGGAUGCCUUCGCCUGCAUACAAUGUGUUAUGUAAUGUGAAAUUUUAACUUUUGUACAUUGCACAGCAAAUGUGUGGUCAUACUGUACGUGUGCCAAAGUAAAGUGACUGUUCUUCAA